CCCGGUGGUCCCUCAAGCCCCGGACAGUGGCCGUUUCCCCCCUGGGCAUAUUGGGCCAUGCCGCCAUGCCCAUACCCUUCACAACCCUGGGCACCAGCACUGUCUAAGUCCUCGGCCGGCAUCCUAGGCCCACGCCCUUCACAGGCCCAUCUGGCGAAUGUCGCUCCGGCUCCUACGGAUAUCAAUGCUGCCAUGCAUACAAUGAGCUUAUCUCCGCCGGAUGCCCAGUGGUACAUGGAUACUGGGGCUACGUCUCAUAUGACCUCCUCCGAAGGAUCUCCAAUCGGGGGAACAGGUCAUGCGGUGUAACAGUUCGAGUCAUCUCUACCCAGUUUCAUCACGCUCGGGCCCUUCCGCAGCCACUUCUAUUGCAUGUCUUUCCAUUCCUGCCGAACUAUGGCACAACCGUCUUGGUCACCCCGGCGAUCCAGUUUUUAGUCACCUUAGAACAAAUAAACUUAUCCAAUGUAAUAAAAUCUUGAGUUCUUCUUGUAAUUCAUGCCAGUUGGGUAAACAUCUUAAGUUACCAUUUGCUUCCUCGUUAUCUACUACUAGUCAGCCUUUUGAUUUAAUACAUAGUGAUUUAUGGACUUCCCCAGUAUUGAGUUCUACUGGA